ACCGCCGUUAAAACUAAUCGAAGAAGAAGGUUUCUCUGAUUUUGUCUAUCUGAAGUAUGCUGCAAUGUUUUAGCCGACCGGCCCAGUUAUUAACGAGACAGCUUCUGGUUGCGGGGAAUAGUUUGUACUUUAAUCAACAUUUUAAGCUUGUCGUCUCUGCCCCUCAGAAUGACAGACCCUGCCAUGAAGAGGGUGGUGAGUGAAAUCGUCCGCUCUCCAGAAGACAAACGGGUCUACAGGGGUUUAGAGUUCACCAAUGGCCUGAAGGCCGUGCUCAUCAGUGACCCCACCACAGACAAGUCCUCAGCAGGGCUGGACGUCAACAUAGGUUCUUUGUCGGACCCAGGGAACAUAUCAGGCAUUGCCCACUUCUGCGAACACAUGCUGUUCUUGGGCACAGAGAAGUACCCCAAGGAGAAUGAGUACAGCCAGUUUCUCAGUGAGCAUGCUGGCAGCUCCAAUGCCUUCACCAGCGGAGAGCACACCAACUACUACUUUGACGUAUCCCAUGAGCACCUGGAGGGAGCACUGGACAGGUUUGCUCAGUUCUUCCUGUGCCCGUUGUUUGACGAGAGCUGUAAGGACCGUGAGGUGAACGCUGUGGACUCUGAGCAUGAGAAGAACCUGAUGAAUGAUGCCUGGAGGCUAUUCCAGCUGGAGAAGGCCACUGGCAACCCCAACCACCCGUUCAGCAAAUUUGGGACCGGUAACAAGUUGACUCUGGAGACCAGGCCAUCCAAGGAUGGGAUCAACAUCCGCCAGGAGCUCCUGAAGUUCCAUUCCACCUACUACUCCUCCAACCUCAUGGGACUGUGUGUGCUGGGAAGAGAGUCAUUAGAUGAGCUCACCACCAUGGUGGUCAAGCUGUUUGGCGAAGUGGAGAACAAGAAUGUGCCUAUCCCCGAGUUCCCCAACCACCCCUUCCAGGAGGAGCACCUCAGGCAAUUCUACAAAGUGGUGCCUAUCAAGGACAUUAGGAACCUGUAUGUGACGUUCCCUAUCCCAGACCUGCAGAAGUACUACAAGUCCAACCCAGGCCACUACCUGGGCCACCUGAUAGGCCACGAGGGCCCAGGGAGCCUGCUGUCUGAGCUCAAAUCCAAAGGCUGGGUAAACACGCUGGUCGGAGGCCAGAAAGAGGGAGCUAAAGGCUUCAUGUUCUUCAUCAUCAAUGUGGACCUGACAGAGGAGGGACUCUUGCACGUGGAUGACAUCAUCUUCCACAUGUUCCAGUACAUCCAGAAGCUGCGCAUGAAGGGGCCUCAGGAGUGGGUCUUCCAGGAGUGCAAGGACCUAAACACAGUGGCCUUCAGGUUCAAGGACAAGGAGCGGCCCCGUGGCUACACCUCCAAGGUGUCUGGAUUACUGCACUACUACCCUCUGGAGGAGAUCCUAGCAGCAGAGUACCUACUGGAGGAGUUCAGGCCAGAUCUGAUAGAGAUGGUGCUGGACAAGCUGAGGCCAGAAUACGUCAGAGUCGCAGUUGUCUCAAAGUCGUUUGAAGGGCAGACAGACAAGACUGAGGAAUGGUAUGGGACCCACUACAAACAGGAGCCCAUCUCUGAGGAAGUCAUCAAGAAAUGGGGAAACGCUGACCUCAAUGGCAAGUUCAAGCUGCCCAUGAAGAACGAGUUCAUUCCCACCAGCUUUGAGAUCUACCCUCUGGAGAAGGACUCUCCCUCCGCCCCCACUCUAAUCAAGGACACCGCUAUGAGCAAGGUGUGGUUCAAGCAGGAUGACAAGUUUUUCCUACCAAAGGCAUGCCUGAACUUUGAGUUCUUCAGCCCAUUUGCGUAUGUGGACCCAAUACAUUGUAACAUGGCCUAUUUGUACCUGGAGCUCCUCAAGGACUCCCUCAACGAGUAUGCAUAUGCAGCCGAGCUUGCCGGCUUGAACUAUGACCUCCAAAAUACCAUCUAUGGGAUGUAUCUCUCAGUGAAGGGCUACAAUGACAAGCAGCACAUCCUGCUGGAGAAGAUCAUUGAGAAGAUGGCCGCGUUUGAGAUUGAUGAGAAACGCUUUGACAUCAUCAAGGAAGCGUAUAUGAGGUCACUGAACAACUUCAGGGCGGAGCAACCCCAUCAGCAUGCCAUGUACUACCUGCGUCUGCUGAUGACAGAGGUGGCCUGGACCAAAGACGAGCUCAAGGAUGCUCUGGAUGAUGUCACUCUCCCCCGCCUCAAGGCCUUCAUACCUCAACUAUUGUCACGGUUACACAUCGAGACCCUUCUCCACGGCAACAUCACCAAGGAGUCUGCUCUAGACAUGAUGCAGAUGGUCGAGGACACGCUUAUGAAUCAAGCCCACACCAAGCCCCUCCUACCAAGCCAGUUGAUUCGCUACAGGGAGGUGCAGGUGCCAGAUGGUGGCUGGUAUGUGUACCAGCAGAGGAACGAGGUGCACAACAACUGUGGCAUAGAGAUCUACUACCAGACAGACAUGCAGACAACCCACGACAACAUGCUGCUGGAGCUCUUCUGCCAGAUCAUCUCUGAGCCUUGCUUCAACACACUGCGCACCAAGGAACAGUUGGGGUACAUAGUGUUUAGUGGUCCGCGGCGCGCUAACGGGGUCCAGGGCCUGCGCUUCAUCAUCCAGUCGGAGAAGGCCCCCCACUACCUGGAGAGCCGGGUGGAGGCGUUCUUAAAAGCCAUGGAGAUGUCUGUGGAGGAAAUGAACGAUGAGGCCUUCCAGAAACACAUCCAGGCCCUGGCCAUCCGCCGCCUGGACAAGCCCAAGAAGCUGGCCGCCGAGUGCGCCAAGUACUGGGGGGAGAUCAUCUCUCAGCAGUACAACUUCGACAGAGAUAACAUUGAAGUGGCCUAUCUGAAGACGUUGACGAAAGAGAAGAUCAUACAGUUCUACCGGGAUCUGUUGGCUGUGGAUGCACCAAAGAGGCACAAGGUGUCUGUGCAUGUCCUGUCUCGGGAGAUGGACUCCUGCCCAGUCGUAGGAGAGUUCCCUGCCCAGAAUGACGUCAACCUGGUCCCUGCCCCCUCCUUGCCACAGCCUACGCUGGUGCAGGACAUGACUGAGUUCAAGAGGAGCCUUCCCCUCUUCCCCCUGGCCAAGCCCCACAUCAACUACAUGGCUGCCAAACUGUGAGGGCCGGGCAGGCCUGCCCCCAGAGCAGCAUGGGAGCACUGUGGUGGGGGGGGGCCCCGCUCUGUCCCUCUUCUCUCUCCUCCCCCCCCCCCGAGGCGACAGGAGUCAGGAACACACUCAUCUAAGCCUGCAUGUGUGUGUGUGGUAGGCUGGAGGCUACUAGAGGUACUUAAAAAUGUGUUUGAUUCCCACAACUUGGCUGUGGAUCUCAUCAUAGCUCCGUGUAAGAGUAGAGGUCACAAUUUUAGUAGUCUCAUGGAAAACCCCACCAACACACAUUCCCAACAAUGUAUAGAAUGUUGAAGCAGGGCUCCUAUUAUAGAGGAAUAGUAGUAACUUAAAGAACCACAAGACCGGGAACCCUGUAAACCAGUACAAGUGUACCCCAUGACACUUUAUAAUGGAAGUGUUUUUAGUUGAUUUAGCCACAAGGACAUGCUGCUGUGGUGAGAGUAAACUGUUGGUUAAUGAUGAUUAUGUGAAGCUUUUGAGGUGUAGGAGGUUAGCUCUGCAAAGGGUGCUCAUAAUAUCAUUUUAGACACGCCGGACACGUACUUUCUUAUGUACUCGUGCGACACAUCAAGGCACAGUGACAAUUCCUUAAUUGAUAUCACAAAGACUGUGUUUAAAUAAGAUGAAUGUGCAACACACUAUUUUAGACACCAUUUCAGUUGAUCAGCCUUAUGGAAACGAUUCUGUUUUAAUCCAUGAUGUACAGGUUUUGAGAUCUGACUCUAUUUAUUUUUUUAAACUGGUAAAAUGCCAGGGCCCAUUUGGUGGAGAGGUGUCCAUGAAGCUUUUCUUUUGAACUAUUGUUCUAUAGGGUUAUAUUAUCCAAGCAUCAUCUCAGGGUCCCUCUAAUCUUUUGCUUUUAUUUGAGAUUGAAGAAAAAUAAACAUAUUUAAAUGUCUGUCAUUUAUGUUAAUUACUUGUUUGGAGUUAUACUUUUUCUUUUUAUAACUUCUAUGCUUGUUAAUAUUUUAAUCUGAAUUGUGUUUGACUAGUGAUUUAUUGCAUAGGUUCCCCCCCCAUCUUUCUCCAUUUGAGACGAAGCUUGUACCUUUUUAAAAGGGGGUGGGGGAUGGUCUACUACCAAUCUGGAGCAAUAGAGAUACAACUCUUUGGCUGGAGCAGUCAGCUGGAUACACAUCACAGCAGUGUCUGUGGACUUUGACAGUCAGCCAACUGCACUUUGUCUCUGUGGGUCAGACUUGGAACAGGAUUGUGUGUGGGGGGUCAUUGCAAUCUUAAAGAUGCUAUCCUUCAGAAAAACAAAGGACUGUUAUAGAAUGCCUGGUGGGGUAAACAGAUUGUCUUUUCUCAGGACACCCUUUAAAAUAAUCAUAUUUUGUCUGAAGGGUUUCAAUAGAGGCCUAUGUAUGGAGGGUGAAGGUGUAGUCAGGCCUGUGUUUCUCAAUAUGCACUUCUCACUAGCAAUAAACACACUAAUGGCCUCUGUACUGUUACGUAGAAGUGGGGGACACUGCAUUCUUGAGUCCUUGCUCUCAUCCAGUCUAAAAAUGGACACACUGAAAGGUGGAACUGGCAUGUGAUGCAUGGAUAGUACUCAUGUCAGUCUAUACCAUGGCCUAGUCUCUCAGGUGUUAACAAGCCUUGCCAAGUCAAACCACCACUGGCACCAACCACUCUUUGAUACAGCAAAUGUCUCCCAUAUGUUUUCAGGCCUAUAUAUCAACUAAGGUUAACGUAAUGUGUUUUACCACUAGGUAGAAACUGGCAUUUCUUAUGGAUUUAUGUUCAAACUGAACCCAAAGGUGUUUUUUCUACAGGAAGUACAGCUGUAUACUGACAUAUACUGAACAUUCCCUUGAAUUCCACUGGUUUGGGUUCAGUGCUUACCCUACAAUGGUAGGGACCAAUAACUGACCUGUAGUCAGUGUUCCUUUGGUAGGAAUAACAGUCUCUUGCAACUAGUAGUCAUUGCUUGCAAAUGGAUUUAGGGGGAAACCAAGCAGUUUUUCCUCAAUAGUUUCCAUAAGUAAUCCGUAUACACUCAAAUGGGAAUAACUGUGCAGGUUCAUUUUGCGAUACUGGGUUGCAUUCAUUAGGCACCAAACAGAAAAACAGGGAGGGACUACCUGAACUUGUCUGAUAAAUGCUUGUUUUGAUUUUGUUGCAAAAUGUUUUGCUACGGUGUGCCCUACUGAAUACCAGCUUGAUCAAAUGGAAGGAGGUCCAGUGAGACUGUCAGUGGACACUGCUGUAAAUUGGCUGGUUGAGUUACUGCAGACAUGUUCAGGGCUCAGUAAUGCAGGAGUGCUUAAGUCUUAUUUUUAUUUCCUCCUGUGUUUAUCUAAUAAAUCACUGUAUACUGGAA